AUGUCCACCACGUAUGAUGAGCACCCGCUUCACACUCACCAACCCUCUCGUAGAACCACCGCGAACCGCCUGUUUGCAGUGGUUCAUUUGUGUGCCAUCUUAGCCCUACUCUAUCACCAUGCACUCUCACUGCUCCACUCCAAAACCCUCCCUUCUUUCUUCAUCACCCUCAUCCUCCUCAUCUCCGACUCUGUCCUCGCUUUUAUGUUCACCACCACACAAUCUUUUCGGAUGAAUCCAAUAUAUCGAAUCGAAUUCCCAGAAAACCUCAAAAAGGUCGUGGAAGAAUCGGACUUUCCAGCACUGGACGUGUUCAUAUGCACUGCUGAUCCAGACAAGGAGCCGCCAAUGAACGUGGUGAACACGGCCUCAUCGGUCAUGGCUUAUGAUUACCCGACCGACAAGGUAUCGGUGUAUGGUUUGGACUAUGGCGGCUCGGCUCUGACUCUCUUUGCUUUCUUGGAGGCUGCCAAGUUUGCAAGGCACUGGUUGCCUUUUUGUAGAAAGAACAUGAUAGUGGAGUGCAACCCAGAAGCUUAUUUUGCAGUGGAUCAUUCUCAAGUGGUAGAGCUCUUUAUUCUCACUUUUACGAUGAUAUGA